CAUUGGGUUGUCAUUUGUCAUAUAAUAUGUCAUGUAUGUCAUUCACCAAAGGUCACCUUGGUGAAGUUCAAGAUUUUGAAUUUUGUAAUUUUAAUAAUAUUUUUUGGUGUUGGGAUACUUACAAAACCAAACAAUGGAAGGAGCUUCAUCACAGAGGUUUAUUGGGCGUGGGUCCCAUAAAGGAAAAGGCCUGGCUGUGUUUACUAGCGGUGGUGACUCUCAGGGUAUGAACGCCGCCGUACGUUCGGUGGUGCGAAUGGGUAUUUACUUGGGUUGCAAGGUAUAUUUCAUUCGGGAAGGAUAUCAAGGAAUGGUCGAUGGCGGUGAUAAUAUCGAAGAAGCAAACUGGUCUUCAGUGAGCUCCAUCAUUCAUAAAGGUGGAACUAUCAUUGGAUCAGCUCGUUGCAUGGAGUUCAUAAAAAGGGAAGGUCGCCUUAAAGCAGCCUUCAACUUGGUGACUCGUGGUAUCACUAAUUUAGUUGUGAUUGGUGGUGAUGGUUCAUUGACCGGAGCCAAUUUGUUCCGUGAAGAAUGGUCAAGUUUACUGGAUGAACUAUUGGCAAAUAACAAGAUAACAAAGGACCAGAGAGAAAAAUACAAGCAUCUGCAUAUUGCUGGCAUGGUGGGCUCCAUUGAUAAUGACUUCUGUGGUACAGACAUGACAAUAGGUACUGACUCCGCCUUGCAUCGCAUUAUUGAAGCCAUUGAUGCUAUUGUGAGCACUGCCUACUCUCAUCAGAGAACAUUUAUUAUGGAGGUCAUGGGCAGGCACUGUGGUUAUCUGGCAUUAGUGGCCGCUCUGGCGAGCGAGGCAGAUCAAGUAUUCAUUCCUGAAGACCCUGUUCCCAAUAAUUGGGUCGAAAAGCUUUGCAAACGAUUGGCGCAGGAAAGGAAGUCGGGCCAGCGUCUGAACAUUAUUAUAGUGGCAGAGGGUGCUAUCGACCGGGAAGGUAAGCCUAUCACGGCCGAGCUGGUGAAGAAGGUGGUUGUCGACAACCUGCAGCAGGACACCCGCAUCACAGUGCUGGGUCACGUGCAGCGAGGAGGCUCGCCUUCCGCCUUUGACAGAAUCCUGGGUUGUCGUAUGGGUGCAGAGGCAGUAAUGGCGUUGAUGGAAGCCUCGCCCGACACAGAGCCAUGUGUGGUGUCUCUGGACGGGAACCAGGCCGUGCGCUUGCCGCUCAUGGAGUGUGUGCGACGAACCAAAGCCGUGGCCCAGGCUAUGGCUGAUAAAAACUGGGAUUUGGCGGUGCAACUGCGUGGCCGUAGUUUUGCUCGCAAUCUAGAGACUUACAAAAUGUUGACCCGCUUGAAGCCGCCUAAGGAGGCCUUUGAUGCAUCCGGCAAGCCUGCCGAGGGUUUGACACUGGCGGUGAUGCAUGUGGGUGCCCCCGCUUGUGGUAUGAACGCUGCGGUCCGUUCCUUCGUGCGUAACUGUAUCUACCGCGGAGACACCGUCCUCGGCAUUCAUGACGGUGUCGAAGGCUUCAUCAGCGGGAAUAUCGUUAACAUGGACUGGUCGGAUGUGACCGGUUGGGUGGCUCAGGGGGGUGCGUUCUUGGGUACUAAGCGUACUCUGCCUGGAGACAAGAAGGGCGAAAUCGCUGCGCGCAUCAAGCAAUUCAAUAUUCAAGGACUACUUAUUAUUGGAGGAUUUGAGGCGUACCAAGCGGGUCUGGAGAUCUACGAGGCCCGCGCGCAGUUCCCCGAGUUCUGCAUCCCUCUGGUGGUGAUCCCGGCCACCAUCAGCAACAACGUGCCCGGGACCGACUUCUCGCUGGGCUCCGACACCGCGCUCAACGAGAUCACCGAGAUCUGCGACCGCAUUCGCCAGUCCGCACAGGGAACCAAACGUCGUGUCUUCGUGAUUGAGACCAUGGGAGGUUAUUGCGGUUACUUAUCUACUUUAGCAGGUCUGGCUGGUGGCGCUGACGCGGCUUACAUCUACGAGGAGAAGUUCUCCAUUAAGGAUUUACAGCAGGAUGUCUACCACAUGGCUUCUAAGAUGACGGGUGGCAUCCAAAGAGGUCUGAUCCUGCGAAACGAGAAGGCCAAUGAUAACUACAACACCGAAUUCAUUUACCGCCUUUACUCUGAAGAGGGAAAGGGACUCUUCACUGCUAGGAUGAACGUGCUAGGUCACAUGCAACAAGGAGGUUCACCGACUCCGUUCGACCGCAACAUGGGAACCAAGAUGGCUGCCAAGUGCCUUCACUGGCUCGUUGAGACCAUCCAGAAGGGCCCCGCCAACGCGCCUGACUCCGCCUGUCUGCUGGGCAUUGUUAAACGGCAAUACAAGUUCUCUCCACUCGAAGACUUGAAAGCGCAGACUAACUUUGCUCAAAGAAUACCAAAGCAGCAGUGGUGGAUCAAGCUCCGUCCUCUGCUCCGUAUCCUGGCGAAGCACGAGUCCACCUACGAGGAAGAGGGCCUGUACAUGACUGUGGAACAAGGAGAAAUAGAUUCUGAAAACGUUAUUUAAAUACCUACAAAAACGUCUAUCAAAAGUUGUACAUAUUUGGAAUCAUAAUAAUUGUAUCUAAAUAAUAAAGCAUAAUAAUUACAAUAACAACGACGCGUCCUUUUGGUUGGAUUUUAAGCACUAUUAUAUUCGACCAAUUUCGCUUUCGUUAAAAGUUAACUUUGCUUUUUAACCACCUCCUCCAAAUGUUACAAACAAUAUGAUUUUGAUAGAUGUUCUUAUAUUUGUAAUCUCCUGUAGCUUGUUACAUUAGCGAUGUCAUAGUAGAUAACGCUUCUAAUAUAAAAUGUUACAAUUGAAUUUAGAAAGUAUUAAUAGCUAUUUCUGAUUUUAUGUCACAUAUGAAAAAGUAGUCUGCCAUUUUAGUUUGUAGGGUAAAAUAUUUUUAUAAAUUGUCAUGACACUCACAUGAUAUAAAUUAAAUACAUAGGUUUAUUACGUUAGCCGUUGCUAUCAUUUUCCACCAUUUAAAUGUGAUUUAUAUACGAGACCAGUACCAGUUACCACAGACCAGUGAUAGAUCUUACUCAAACUAUUAUGUACAAGUAGCAAUAGGCCUUACAUCUUUGUGCUAUAACUUAUUACUUAAUCCACUUAUUUAUUAUAUGAUAUACCAAUAAAUACAUUACUACCGUACGGCUGUGGACUGACUGUUGAUUGUGAGCAAAAA